UAAAAGAGAAAAACUAACUAAAUCUAUAGAUACAACCUAAAUGUCUUUUCUCUUUUCUCAAUAAUUAAAAUUAUAUUUCACUCAAGAAAAUAAUUAAAAUUAAUUAUCGACCAAAUUUUAUAAUUUUCCUAAAUAUUUUAUUAAGAUUAAUUCAAAAGAAAAUUACUAAAAAAAAUAAAAAUACAAAAAUCUCAAACAGAAGAACAUUUGUACAAUUAUUUAUAUAUAGUUGUAAUAACUAACACUAUUAACUGGUGGCAUCGAUGACUUGUCAACCACUCAAUGCAUCCGACCUACAGAUAGUCUGACAUUUUUUAUUUCUUUUAUUUUUCAAAAAAAAAUUCGGGGAAAAAAAAAAUUACUUUCGCAAAGACAUAUUGUUACUGUACAACUCACCCUCAUAAAUCAUUAUGGUACAUCGACCGUUUGAUGAUCCUACCCAACCAUUCAAAACCAUCGAACGGCCAUAAAAGACAUCUUGGGUUCCCUCCUUGCGUACUACUCAUCAAGGGGAAUCUGCCGAUUUUCACUGCGAAGGUCUAGCAGUGACCAGUGUUCUUUCGCCAAAUCAAGCAAACAAGGAAGCUUCUUGCAAAGGACUUUCUAAACCACUCUCCCCCUCCCCAAACUUCGACCAGGAUUGCAGAUAGAGAUUCCAUUAGAAAGUGUCGUUUUUGGGUCCUGAAUAGUUGGUAUUGCAUAUGUGGUAGUUUGGUUUAAUGUGAUAUGGUGUUGUAAUGGCUGGAGUAAGAUUUUCCAUAUUGAAAUCAGUCUAUAAUUCCACCAAGUCCUCUUUGAAACCGCAAGCUUUUCAAUCACAUGACUUUUGUAUGGAAUAUGUAAGACCCUCAUAUGCUAAUGUAAUCCGCAAUUAUGCUAAAGGAGCAGAGUCUUGCAGAAAUUUUAUAAAUGCUCAUUCACAGAUAUUGGGUUCUCAAUCUCUUUUUGAUAACAACUUUCACACAAAGAAACCUACUUCUGUAAUUUCAUCCACAUUAUCAAACUCACUUUUUGGGAGAGCUACUCCUUUGGUGUCUGUAAGCUCCAUCUCGAAGUACUGUUCAUAUUCAUCUUCAUCUGGUGGCGACACAAAUAGAAAUGGAGAAUCAGGAGUGCCUGCUGCAUCUGGUAGCGGUGAAGUAGAUGUUGGAAAUGAUUGGGUUGAAAAGGCUAAAGAAGUUUGGCAAAGUGCUUUAGAUGUGGCAACUUAUACAGGGCAGAAGGCUAAAGAAUCUUCGGUUGAACUGUCCCCAUAUGUUCAACACUGGCUAGAUUCACACCCAUAUCUUAGAAAUGUGAUUGUUCCCGUUGGUGUUACAAUGACAGGUACCAUAUUGGCUUGGGCGGUGAUGCCUAGGCUUUUAAGAAGGUUACACAAGUAUGUAAAUAAAGCUCCUGCUGCAUUACUACCUGGAAGCGUUUUUGCAGAGCAAAUCCCAUAUGAAAGAAGCUUAUGGGGUGCUUUAGAGGAUCCAGUGCGAUAUCUAAUUACAUUCAUGGUGUUUUCACAAGUUAGCGCAAUGGUAGCUCCAACGACUAUAGCAUCACAAUACCUUGAACAGGCAUGGAGGGGUGCUGUUAUUCUUUCAUUUGUAUGGUUUCUGUAUAGGUGGAAAACAAAUGUCUUUGCCCGUUUACGGGCUGGUCCUAGUGUGGCAUCACAAGAUCGUGACAAAUUGCAGGCUCUAGACACAAUUACGUCUGUUGGUCUUUUUGUAGUUGGGAUAAUGGCUUUUGCGGAAGCAUGUGGUGUGGCUGUGCAAUCUAUUCUUACAGUUGGUGGCAUAGGAGGAGUUGCUACUGCUUUUGCUGCCAAAGAUAUCCUUGGAAAUGUGCUAAGUGGUUUGUCUAUGCAGUUUUCAAAGCCAUUUUCACUUGGAGAUACUAUAAAAGCUGGAUCUAUAGAAGGUCAGGUGGUGGAAAUUGGACUUAUUACAACUUCAUUAUUGAAUGCCGAGAAGUUUCCUGUCAUAGUUCCAAACUCCUUAUUUUCUAGUCAGGUGAUCGUUAACAAGUCACGUGCUGAGUGGCGAGCCAUUGUUAACAAAAUUCCAUUGCAAAUUAAUGAUUUGGACAAGGUUCCCCAAAUAUCAGAUGAUAUAAACAGUAUGCUAAGAUCACACCCAAAGGUAUUCUUGGGAAAAGAUGCACCUUAUUGUUUCUUGUCUCGAAUAGGGAAGUCGUCUGCAGAAUUGACUAUCGGAUGCAACCUCAAACAUAUGAACAAAAGUGAGUUGUACUCUACAGAACAAGAUAUUCUUCUACGAUCGGUCCAGAUUAUUAAGCAGCAAGGUGCUAUAUUGGGGAGCUCAUUCCAAGAUCAGAGCUGUGAAUAGUAUUUUUGUAUAUGACUUUUAACAGCAAAACUUUUGAAUGAAUGUACAUUAUACAAGAACAAAGAAUCAUGAUUGUCUUUUUUGUGUUGACAACAGGGGAUAGAUCUUCAGUUAUGAAUUAUCAUAUACCAAUGGGUAUGCAUUGUUAAAA